AUGCCAGAAAUUGAAGAGAUCGAGCCUUUAAUUGCUGUUGUUGAUUUUCAUCAUGCGAGAGGGCCUGAGAUUGAGUUAUGGGUGGGUGUGGCGGAGGAUGUGGACCCAGCAGCAGACAAUGACUGGUCCUUGCUACCGUUCAUGGCCCUCACGGAUGGAGCACAUGCAUCUACGGAGGAUUUCUCCUACUUUACAUUAACACAAACUGCCACCAGUAGCCGACCUGCGACCUCCCUGUUCGGUAUUUCUUGCACGAGGCAGCUCGAUGCCAACAAACUCAAGCACAGAUCGGCAGAUAUAACAAGGUCUACUGUUCAAAAGGCGGUGGUUAUCAUCAUCAGUCAGCCAUACCGGUUCAGUCAAUUGAGAGAAAGCCUCUCAGCUGUUACGGCGGCAUGGUUUGCUCAGGAGGACUUUUCAGAUGUCGAAAUUCUGAAGAGGUUUCAGGAAAGCCUCUCGCACAAUCUGCACAACCUGCACAUCGAAGAGCAAGACCAGAACCAGUAUAUCGGCUUGUCACUUCGUGAAAUGAUUCAUGACUUCAAGCACCAGACCCUCGUUUUGUUCAAAUGUUGCCUGUUACAGCCAAAAAUGCUCUUUUUCGGCUCUCGUUGCGAACGAUUAUGCAUGAUGCAGUUUGCCUUGAUAUCACUGAUACCCGGUCUUAUAUGCAAUCUUCAAGAUUGCGCAGAUCCUGCUCUUGACCAGUAUUCCCAAAACAUAUCUAAAGCAACAUCUCUGAAGACCAGUGAACGAAGGUCUUUGCUCGCCUACAUGGGUCUACCUCUACAAAUAUUCGGCAAGGGCAGCUUCUUUGGGCCAUACACACCGUUGCAGCAGCUGGACAUCUUGGCUGACUAUGGAACCAAAUCUUAUAUCGUUGGCUCUACAAAUUCCCUUUUGCUCCAACAGAAAGACAAGUAUAGCGAUAUACUUGUAAACCUUGACGAGAAGAUGGUUAAUAUCACUUCCACGUCCUUGCGGACUGCCUUAUCACUUCCUGCUGCAGACCGUCGUUGGAUUGAUUUCCUGACCCAAACAGUACAAGAUACCUGGGAUCCUGCCAACCCGGAUCGUCCUCAUACAAUGGGCUAUGCAGGCUCAGAAGAAUUUAUCCGGCUGCAAUUUGAGGAAUAUCUCCUUGCUUUGCUGUCGUCAGUGAGUUAUCACAAUCACCUAAGCUCUCUACGAACAACAGUCCAGUUGCAAUCCUCAACACAUACACCAGAGGAGGAUCCGUCCUUAGAGUUCAAUUCUGAUUUCAUUCAUGCGUGGAAGGAAACCUCUAAUUAUGCUCUAUUUACCAGUCUAACGUCUGAAUCAUCGCUAUUCGACAUAAUAGAAGCAAAACAUCCUACAGCAGGUGGACUCAGUGUCGAAGAUGUUCAAAGGCGGCUGGCGCAGCAAGUUGCGGAACUACACCUUGAUGAACGUGUACGUGAAGGGAGGGAGACUCUGGGCAAACACCUGGCCAUGGGAAGGGAAAGAUUUGGACAAUUGGGUAACAAGAUCUGGGCCGAUAUCGAGGCGAUGAGAGAAGGGCAGCGGACACGAGCAAGCGAAGAGAGCAGUACAAGCGCCCACGCGAGGCAGAGCGAUGGUGCAGGCUCAGAAGGCGAAGGUGGCAAAAUCUCAGGUUCAGGACGAUAUGCUUGGCCAAGUCGAGCUCAGGCGCCAGACCUUACUCAAGUGCAGGCUAGCGCGAAAGACGCGUCUGCCAAAGCAGGUGCCUACCUAUCGAGCUGGGGCAGCUGGGCAAGGGACAAAGGAAAGGAAUGGCAGGAGAAGAGAACAACAUCGCCCGCGGCACAAAGUCCUCCCAAGACACCCAUAAACAAUACGACAAGCGCCGCGCAACACGAGAAUAGUCAGUCAAUAUUGUCGUCAACAGGAAGCCAGCACAGCGGAAAAGGACGGCUUUCUGGUGAGCUGGUGGCCGACAAGGCGAGGCGCUGGAGUAGUAGGCUAAAGAAGCCUGAGAAGGGAAGCAGCAGCACCGCUGAUAGUGUAGAUCCCACUGAAUUGUCCAGUGAGAGUGCUAAGUCUCCCAAGAAUACCUCUACAGAGUGUUGA